AUGAGUAUCUUUUGCUUUGGAAUCUACUUUGGUCCAUUGUUGGGCCCUGUCAUUGGUGGAGCUCUCACCACAACAUCACUCACAUGGCGUGCUUCUUUUUGGUUUUGCACAGCGUAUGCAGCAAUGUCAUUCGCUCUAGUUGCAUUCUUUUUACCGGAGACGUAUCGUGACAGCAAAUUGUUUGAUGAUGUAGGAUCCAUAAGUACAGCUAUAAAUGAUGUUCGACUACAAGAAAGUGAGAUUGGUACCCAAUGCAGCAAAGAGCCAUCAUCAAUAGCGGCGGCAACAACAAAAAGCACCAAACCAAGUCUUUGGAAAAUCGUUGCACAACCACUUUUCAUGUUGCGUUAUCCACAUGUUCUCCUUGCAAGUAGCAUUUUUGCUAUUGCAUUGAGCUGUCUUUUGGUAGUCGAAACAUUAUUACCGGUGUUAUUUUCUUCACACUACGAUCUUUCUUCAUGGGCUAUAGGCUUGUCGUAUAUUGCAUCAGGUGCUGGCAACGUCCUUGGUGCCAUUGUGAACGGCAUUCUUUCCGACCGGUUAUUAAUGCAUGCUAAACGCGGUCGUCAAGAUGGUCACUAUGUGGUGGAAGAUCGAUUAGCGAUACACUUGUGGCCCUGUGGGCUCAUUUUUAUGCCACUUGGGAUGCUGAUGUUUGGAUGGGGAAUCCAAACAAAUCAGUCUUACUGGAUCGCUAUUGUUGGCUUUGGCAUUCAGGCUUUCGGCUCGCAGCAAAUCAUCACGUGUGUCAGCGCCUAUUUGAUCGAUGCUACGCCUACACAUGGUGCCUCGGUGAGUGCAGCUUCCAAUCUAAUUGGUUUAAUAUUGGCAAGCAUUCUCAGCACCUGUGCCAAUCCCAUGGCGCAUGCCAUCGGUUCAGGAUUUGCUAUGGUGUUCUUUACAGCUCUAACGCUUUUGUCUAUGGGUCUACUUUUGAUCCUCAAAGUGUAUGGCAAGGAGCUACGACGAUCAUCUGGAUUUACCACUGUUGAGAAGACCUGUAUGUAA